AUUUUCUUUGGAGUAUUACAAUACUUUUUUACAUAUAAAGUAUGUAUGUUAAACGCAUAUUCAAGUGGACUAUAAACAUAUGCUACAGACACCUCAUUUAUGAAUAUUGUUAAGCAGAAAGAAGUAGGAAGAUGUACGAAGAAUAUAUAGGAAAAUUUACCUUGUCCAAUGAACAGCUGUGAGACGAUACGCCACAAAAUAUAAAAGCUCUGUGUAAAAACAUGCGUGAUUGAUAGUAAUGAACGUAAUUAAUUUUAAAGUAGUCUAUAGUUCAGUGAACGUAACGUUGAAUUUCUUAACCUUAAUGUUUUACGUCGCGGUGGAAUUUGUGUAAACAUUCAGUAAUUAAUAAAAGUUACCAUGGAAAAUCAAAACGGCGCAACGGUUAAAAGCAAUAAUCCCGCUCCGACAGUGGAGCAGAUUAAUGCUGAUAGGAUAACUCAGCUUGCAAAUAAAUACUGGGCACCGCACACUAUGGAUUCGCAUCUUCCGUUUAAUCCUCAAAUAGUAGAAGAUAUUUACGUCCAAGAAAUAUGCGCUUCUAAAUUUUCCAUUCGAAGAAUCAUGAUGUUAGAAUUCAGUCAGUGUUUAGAAAAUUUUCUAUGGCCAAACUAUGAUGCAAAAACCGCAACCCGUGCUCAUACCAUGUCUAUUGUUGUCAUGGUCAACGAGAAGUUCAGAGAACGAGUGCAAGUCUGGGAAGCGUUCGAAAAGAAUCCAAAACACUUUCCUGGAUUUUUUCAGAAAGUUUUGGAAGCAUGCCUCGAAGAAAGUAUAAUGGAUUUUGAUUUAAAAGAACAGACAGCUCUGAUUGUUUUUCUAAACCAUUGUUUCAAUUCUAUGGAGGUGUCGUUAGUUCGGGAACAAGUAAAAAGAUUAGUGUCUUUAUCUAUGUGGAUUUCGCUGCAACAAGGUCGUAGAGAAUUGGAAUUUAAAAAGUAUCCAAAAUGGAGAAAAUACUGGAAAGUAAUUAGAAAGAAGGACAGUCCUGAAUGCAAAGAAAGAUUAGAAUGGGAUCGCAAAUUCUUACAUAGACUGAUGAUUAAAUUUAUGACAAUAUUAGAAACAAUUCCAAAAGAAGGAUCACUUUUAUCGGAUAAAGUGAGAUAUUGUGAGAGGUUCCUUGAAUUAGUGAUAGAUUUAGAAGCUUUACUACCAACUAGACGUUUCUUUAAUACCGUUAUGGAUGAUUGUCAUCUGGUAGUACGAUGUCAAUUGUCCAAUUUAUUACAUCGACCUGAAGGUGGACUGUUCGGUCAGUUACUGGAGAUGCUGAAAUUUUAUGCCAGAUUCGAGAUCAACGAGGAGAGCGGAGAUCCUCUUACGGAUCACGAUAUGACACAGUUACAUUACACCAAAAUCACUUCUCUUCAGAAAGCAGUAUUCGCCAAGUUCCCAGACUUGAGGAGUUUCGCAUUGGCGAACGUGGCGAGCGUCGACACGAGGGAGGCUCUUUACAAACAUUUCGUUUUACUCACUCAGGGCAAAUUGAGAUCCAUCGCCAGUUACCUCAGCCUGGUACCAUCAGAAGAACGAGAAAAAGAAGAGAAUUGGUAUCGUUACGAUGUAGAGUUUCUUCAAGAAUUAUUAAUUUCACGGCACGAGCGUAGAGCGUCGCAAUUGGAGGAGCUGAAUGAAAUGCCGCUUUAUCCAACGGAGGAAAUUAUUUGGAACGAAAGCAUUGUACCCACCGAAUAUUUUUCUGGCGAAGGAUGUUUAGCUUUGCCGAAGUUGAAUUUACAGUUUCUCACUUUGCACGAUUAUUUAUUGAGGAACUUUAAUCUUUUUCGACUCGAAUCUACUUAUGAAAUACGUCAGGAUAUUGAAGAUGCAGUGAGCAGAUUAAGUCCUUGGCGUGCCGAAGACGGUGGUGUUUAUUUUGGUGGUUGGGCAAGAAUGGCCCAGCCGAUCACUCAGUUCGCCGUAGUUGAAGUAGCUAAACCUAAUAUCGGCGAGAAGAGGCCAUCCAGGGUUCGUGCUGAUGUCACCAUAAAUUUAAGUGUUCGUAAAGAAAUUAAAUCCGAGUGGGAGAAUCUUCGCAAACACGACGUCUGUUUUUUAAUUACAGUCAAACCUCAGAAUCCAAUCGGCACAAAAUACAGUCACAAAUUACCUUUCGUUCCACAAGUUGGAUUAACAACAGUUAGAGGAUGCGAAGUUGAAGGAAUGCUGGAUUCAAAUGGUAGAGUAAUCGAGGAUGGCCCUGAACCACGUCCCAUUUUACCCGGUGAUACCCGAACAUACAGAGUAUGGUUAGAUUCCAAUCAGUAUAGAAUUGACAUGGACAAUGCUAGUCACGGUGGCGAAGACGUAUACGAGAGCUUUAACAUUAUAAUGAGACGUAAGCCAAAAGAGAAUAACUUCAAAGCAGUUCUGGAAACGAUAAGGGAACUUAUGAACACGGAGUGCGUUGUUCCCGAUUGGCUCCAUGAUAUAAUUCUUGGAUACGGUGAUCCUGGAGCAGCCCGUUAUGCAAGAAUGCCAAAUGAAAUAGCGACGAUGGAUUUCAACGACACGUUCCUAGAUAUAAAUCAUUUAAGAGCUAGUUUCCCUCAGUAUGAAAUUAAAGUUUCUACCGAUGAUGAAUCAAAAUUGGUACGACCGUUUCGUUUAAAGUUUGAAGAUGUAAUUACUAAACAGAAUAAUGAACCAAUUAGAAAAGUGAUCAGGGUGGAGCCUCAUGUACCGCCUAGCCGAGGUCCUUACAAAGCUAACGAGCCUAAAAAGAAUCAGAUUCCUUUCACACCAACACAAGUUGAAGCCAUUCGUGCUGGUAUGCAACCAGGAUUAACUCUCGUUGUUGGUCCACCUGGUACAGGAAAAACUGAUGUUGCUGUUCAAAUCAUUUCAAAUCUUUAUCAUAAUUUUCCGAAUCAAAGAACGCUGAUCGUCACCCACUCGAAUCAGGCUCUUAAUCAGCUGUUUGAAAAAAUUAUGGCGCUUGAUAUCGAUGAAAGACAUUUGCUACGUCUUGGUCACGGAGAAGAAGCAUUAGAAACUGAAAAGGACUUCAGCAGAUACGGUAGAGUUAACUAUGUUUUAGCUAAGCGUUUGGAUCUCUUAAUGGAAGUUCAAAGAUUGCAGGAAUCUUUAAAUGUAAAAGGUGAUGUUGCGUACACGUGUGAAACAGCAGGACACUUUUUUAUGUAUCAAAUAUUAGCAAGGUGGGAACGUUUCGAAGCAAGGAUUAAACAGAGACAAGGAAACAAUCCACCUCCUGCUUACAUUAUCGACGAAGAAUUUCCAUUUCACAAAUUUUUCGACAACGCGCCAAAGCCAUUAUUUAAACGCAAUACGUUUGAAGAAGAUCUUGAAAUAGCACGUAGCUGUUUCCGAUACGUAGAACGGAUUUUUGCUCAAUUAGAAGAAUUUAGAGCCUUUGAAUUGUUAAGGUCUGGUUUAGAUAGAUCAAAAUACUUGUUGGUUAAAGAAGCUAAAGUUAUCGCCAUGACGUGUACUCAUGCCGCUCUUAAAAGACGCGAACUCGUUGAUAUGGGUUUUAAAUAUGAUAAUAUUCUUAUGGAAGAAUCAGCACAAAUUUUAGAAAUAGAAACUUUCAUACCGUUGUUAUUACAAAAUCCUCAAGAUGGAUAUAAUAGACUGAAACGUUGGAUAAUGAUAGGAGAUCAUCAUCAGCUGCCGCCGGUGAUUAAAAACAUGGCCUUUCAAAAAUAUUCGAACAUGGAACAAUCCCUUUUCGCAAGAUUCGUUCGAUUGGGUGUACCGACGGUUGAUCUCGAUGGUCAAGGUCGUGCAAGACCUAGUAUCUGUAAUCUCUAUAAUUGGAGAUACAAGAAAUUGGGGAAUCUUUCACACGUGGAAAAUAGUUCGGAAUAUCUAGUAGCAAAUGCUGGAUUUCUCUAUGACUUUCAACUUAUCAACGUGGAAGAUUUCAAUGGAGUCGGAGAAAGCGAGCCCAGUGCUUAUUUCUAUCAAAAUCUUGCCGAAGCUGAAUAUUGCGUAGCUGUGUUUAUGUACAUGCGUCUCCUUGGUUAUCCAGCUGACAAGAUUAGUAUAUUGACUACAUAUAAUGGACAAAAACAUUUAAUAAGAGACGUAAUAAAUAUUAGAUGUGCUAGUAAUCCUUUAAUAGGUCGACCGAAUAAAGUAACGACGGUUGAUAAAUACCAGGGUCAACAAAAUGAUUACAUAUUGUUAUCACUUGUAAAAACUCGUGCAGUAGGUCAUCUGAGGGAUGCACGUCGUUUGGUGGUUGCUAUGUCAAGAGCACGUCUUGGCCUUUACGUCUUUGCUAGAGUAUCCCUUUUCAAAAACUGUUUUGAAUUAACACCUGCCUUUGCUCAAUUAAUGCAACGACCAUUAAAGCUACAACUUCUUCCGGAAGAGCAUUAUCCUACUGAAAGGCUUAACGAUGAAAUUCCAUCUACUCCACCAAUGGAAAUUGAAGAUAUGCCCCAUAUGGCUAAGUUUGUCUAUGAUUAUUAUAUAGAAAAAGUUAGCGGUAUGAAAGAAUCACAGAAAGUAUGGCAGAAACCAGGUACAGUACAACAACCCAGUAGUCCUAAUCACAAAGUACCUGCUCAUCCGGGAGCCGAUGACGAUACAGAUGACGAAGAAUUUAAUCAAAUGGACGAUCAACAGUCGACUGUUAAAGAAGAAAAUGUAGAAUCAAAAUUCGAACUAAUCAAGAAUUUAGUCGAAGAUCCAGCAUCGGAAAGUGAAGACAAUGAUCGUUGAAAAUAAGUAUGAAUAGUAAUAAGCAAAUAUUUUUUACUGAAAAUACAAUCCUUUCAUUAUAUUUAUUGUACAGUGACAUAUAGAAUUAAAAGAUAAUUUGUAUCCUGUAUAUGUAUUAAAAAUAAUAUUACAUUAUGAUUUAUAACAUCA